AUGGCUGAUUACGAAGAUGGGUACGACUACGAUGAUUACGAGGAGGACCUCAGCAUCACUGCUGAGGAUUGUUGGGCUGUCAUCGCAGCCUUUUUCGACAACAAAGGUCUUGCUUCCCAGCAAGUAGACUCAUUCAAUGAGUUCACCACAUCGACGGUACAACAUCUCGUCAAUGAGUACUCCCGCAUCACUCUCGACCAGCCCUCCCCGCCGAGCCACGAUGGCCGAACCUAUGCCGUACGGAGGUACGAAAUCGACUUUGGCCAUGUCAUGGUCUCUCGCCCUUCCAUAACCGAAUCCGACGGUCGUGAAGCCACUCUUCUUCCCUACGAAUGUCGCGAUCGAAACCUGACCUACGCGAGUCCCAUGUACAUUCGAAUCACGAAGAAAGUAACCUUGGCUGUUGAGCGCCAGGUACCUCUCCAUGAGAUGGAUGAUGAGCAGCGGGAGACGUACGCUCAGACGAAGGUGGAGCCGACCGAGAUCCGAUGGGAAGACGAAGAUGUAGACCCCGAGCCAGUGGAUGGCAAGACCGACGAUCAAAAGAACAUUGUCUUCGUUGGCAGACUUCCCAUCAUGGUGAAGUCCGAGAUUUGCCAUCUGAGCCACGAAACCGAUGAAAAUCUCUUCCUUCUGAACGAGUGCCCCUACGACCAAGGUGGAUAUUUCAUCAUCAACGGAAGUGAGAAGGUCCUUAUUGCACAAGAGCGCUCCGCCGCCAAUAUCGUUCAGGUAUUCAAGAAGGCUCAGCCAAGCCCUUACAGUUAUACGGCAGAAAUCCGCAGUGCACUGGAGCGUGGAUCGCGACUGAUUUCUCAACUCGCCCUGCGCCUUUACACAAAAGGAGACAAGCGUCUCGGAGGCUCUGGACCGUACGUGCGAUCGACUCUACCGUUCGUCAAGAGUGAUUUGCCCAUUGCCAUCGUGUUCCGGGCCCUCGGUGUUGUCUCCGACGAGGAUAUUUUGAACCAUAUUUGUUACGACCGAAACGACAGUCAGAUGCUGGAAAUGCUUCGGCCUUGUAUCGAAGAGGCCUUCGUUAUCCAGGACCGUGAGGUGGCGCUUGAUUACAUCGGGAAGCGUGGUCAAAGCUACAUGCUCAGCCGAGAGCGCCGAAUCAGGGCGGCUAAGGAUUUGUUGCAGAAGGAGACUCUCCCUCACAUCUCACAAUCCGAAGGUAGCGAGACUAGGAAGGCGUUCUUCCUAGGCUACAUGGUUCACAAGCUCCUCCAAUGCGCGCUCGGCCGCAGAGAUGUGGACGACCGUGAUCACUUUGGCAAGAAGCGCCUGGACCUUGCCGGUCCUUUGCUGGCUAAGCUGUUCCGCAACAUCAUGCGUCGCAUCAACCAGGAGUUGUCGUCGUACAUGAAGAUGUGUAUUCAGCAAAACAAGAAGUUCCAGACUGUCAAUGGCGUCCGCUCAACGACGCUUACGAACGGAUUGAAGUACUCGCUCGCAACGGGCAACUGGGGUGAUCAGAAGAAGGCGAUGAGCUCUACAGCCGGUGUCUCCCAGGUGUUGAAUCGUUACACUUUCGCCUCUACCCUCUCGCAUUUGCGUCGCACAAACACUCCCAUUGGACGAGAUGGAAAGUUGGCCAAGCCUCGCCAGCUUCACAACACACAUUGGGGCUUGGUAUGCCCUGCAGAGACGCCCGAAGGACAGGCUUGUGGUCUCGUCAAGAACCUUUCGCUCAUGUGUUUCGUCAGUGUGGGUACGCCUUCCGACCCAAUUAUUGAGUUCAUGAUCAACCGUGGUAUGGAAGUGGUGGAAGAGUACGAGCCUCUCAGGUAUCCCAACGCCACCAAGGUCUUUGUAAACGGUGUCUGGGUCGGUAUUCACCAAGACCCCAAGCACUUGGUCAAUGAGAUGAUGGAGACCCGUCGGCGGUCAUACCUCCCGAACGAGGUCUCCCUGGUUAGAGAUAUCCGCGAUCGAGAAUUCAAAGUCUUCUCCGAUGCCGGCCGUGUUAUGCGUCCAGUGUUCGUUGUUAACCAAGAGGACAAUGCGCAGACGGGUACCCAGAAGGGAACUCUGGUGCUGACCAAGACACACAUCAACAACUUGGCCUCGGAGGAGACCGUGCCUCCGCCAGAGCGACAAUAUGGCUGGGACUACCUCGUGAACGACGGUGUAAUUGAGUAUCUGGAUGCCGAAGAGGAGGAGACUACGAUGAUUUGUAUGACUCCUGAGGCGUUGGAUGAGUAUCGUGCUCAGAAGGCUGGUAUCGCCAUCGAUAAUGAUAUUUCCGACGAUCCAAACCGGCGUUUGAAGACGAAGUUGAACCCGACAACACACAUGUUCACUCAUUGCGAAAUCCACCCGAGUAUGAUCUUGGGCAUCUGCGCUAGCAUUAUUCCUUUCCCCGAUCACAACCAAUCCCCGCGUAACACUUACCAGUCAGCCAUGGGUAAGCAAGCGAUGGGCUUCUUCCUCACAAACUACAUGCGCAGGAUGGAUACAAUGGCGAACAUCCUCUACUAUCCUCAAAAGCCUCUGGCCACAACAAUGGCGAUGGAGCAUCUCAAGUUCCGAGAGCUGCCAGCCGGGCAAAACGCCAUUGUCGCCAUUGCAUGCUACUCCGGUUACAACCAAGAAGACUCUGUCAUUAUGAAUCAGAGCAGUAUCGAUCGCGGUAUGUUUAGAAGUUUGUUCUUCCGAUCAUACACCGAUUGCGAGAAGAAGGUUGGUAUCAAUCUCGUGGAGCAAUUCGAGAAACCGUUCAGGAGCGAGACCCUACGGCUCAAGCAUGGCACCUAUGACAAACUCGACGAUGACGGUAUCGUAGCCCCCGGCGUCCGUGUGUCAGGCGAAGAUAUCAUCAUUGGCAAGACUUCGCCCCUGGGUAAGGAUACGCAGGAACUCGGCCAGCGAACAACGCAACAUAGCAAGAGAGAUGCCUCGACACCUCUGCGAAGCACAGAGAACGGUAUCGUGGACUCUGUUGUUAUGACGACGAAUCAGGAUGGUAUGCGCUAUGUCAAGGUCCGUGUCAGGACGACGAAGAUUCCGCAGAUUGGUGACAAGUUCGCCUCGCGUCACGGUCAAAAAGGUACGAUUGGUGUGACGUACAGACAAGAGGAUAUGCCGUUUACGCGUGAGGGAAUCACCCCUGACAUCAUCAUCAACCCGCACGCCAUCCCUUCGCGAAUGACUAUUGCCCACUUGAUAGAAUGUCUCCUUAGUAAAGUCGGCGCACUCAAGGGUCUCGAAGGUGAUGCGACUCCUUUUACAGACGUCACCGUCGACUCUGUUUCCGCCCUUCUCCGCGAAGAAGGGUACCAAUCCCGUGGGUUCGAAAUUAUGUACAACGGCCAUACCGGAAAGAAGCUUCGAGCCCAGGUGUUCUUCGGCCCCACUUACUACCAGCGACUCAGGCACAUGGUGGACGACAAGAUCCACGCGCGAGCUCGUGGACCGGUGCAGAUCAUGACGAGACAGCCCGUGGAGGGCCGUGCGCGUGAUGGCGGUCUUCGAUUUGGAGAGAUGGAACGUGAUUGUAUGAUUGCGCACGGCGCGGCGGCCUUCUUGAAAGAGAGGCUGUUUGAGGUUUCAGAUGCCUUCCGUGUCCACAUUUGCGAGAUCUGCGGGUUGAUGACGCCCAUUGCAAAUCUUUCCAAGCAAUCAUUCGAGUGCCGGCCAUGCAAGAACAAGACUAAGAUUGCGCAGAUCCACAUCCCAUAUGCCGCCAAGCUGCUGUUCCAGGAACUGCAAGCUAUGAAUAUUGCGGCUAGGAUGUUUACCGAUCGAUCUGGUGUUACGAUUCGUUGA